AUGUCACGUCCACAAGUGUCCCAGCAUCCGCAUGCUCAAUCACGAAAUGCAUUUUCAACUACAAACAAAAAUAAUAUCGCAAAUUUUAAUGAAAACUCAAAUGUGAAUCAAUCAAUCUCAUAUUCUCCACGUGAUCAGCUGACACGUAAUUUUACAUCAUCACCAACAUUUAGUCCUUGUAAAGUAUGUAAUAUAAAAGAAAAGGAAAAUAUUAAUUUGUGACAAUAAGACAAGAUGUUGAAAGAAAAUAUAUCUGCACGUACUAGAGUAGGUAAAGAAAAACCUAGCACGAUUCCAGAUAUAAAAAAAUUAUUUGAUUCGAGUU